AUUAGUGAACGUCAAUAAAAAAAAACACAAAAUCACUCCACAUCGUGCGGGCAUUUCGCAACUAUUUGCAAUGUCUACUCCUGCCGGUUGCUACACGUGCCUCAACUGUAGUGUUCGCUUUCAAAAUGCGGAAAUGCAGCGGGAGCAUUACAAGACGGACUGGCAUCGGUAUAAUUUGAAGCGUAAGAUAGCAGAGUUACCGCCGGUCAGUGUGGAGGAGUUCGAGAAACGGAUCAAUCAGCAAAAAAGUGCCGAUGCAGCAGCUCUCGAAGACCAGGCUUUGUACUGCAAAGCCUGCAAGAAGCUAUUCAAGUCGAAGAAUGCUCACGAUAAUCAUCUGGACAGCCGUAAGCAUAAGGAUAAUUUGAAGCUGUUUCUAGCGCAGAAGGUGGAAACGGGAGGGGAUCAACAGACGGAUGUAUCUGAAAAAUCCACCCGAGUUGUUGGGGCAGGUGAAUCGCAGCAGCCAAUGGAUGACGAUGUUGAGGAAGUUGAUUCAGACCAGUGGGAUGAAGACUGGGAUAAUCCGAUUGAGAACAACGACUGCUUGUUCUGCCAACACCACAGCGAGGAUUUGAUUAAGUGCAUCAAGCAUAUGAGUAUUGCACAUUCCUUCUUUAUACCCGAUGCUGAAUAUUGCAUUGAUGUGGAAGGGUUGCUUACAUACUUGGCGGAGAAAAUCUGCCGGGAUUUCAUUUGCAUUUGGUGCAACGAAAAGGGCCGAACAUUCUAUUCGCUCGAUGCCGUACGGAAUCAUAUGGUGGAGAAGGGUCACUGUAAGAUGCUUCACGAGGGGGCGGCUUUGGCGGAGUAUGUGGACUUUUUUGAUUACAGCACCAGUUAUCCAGAUCAUAACGAAGAAAUGGAUGUGGACGAGGAGAUCGAACCACCCCAGGCACUCGAUGGGGACGAUUUCCAAAUGGUGCUUCCGUCCGGUGCGGUUAUCGGCCAUCGGUCACUGCUGCGAUACUACAAGCAACGCAUCAACCCCAACCGAGCAGUUGUGGUGAAGAAAUCCACCCAAAAACUGCACAAAGUACUUGCCGAAUAUCGGGCCCUCGGAUGGACCUCGACUCAGCAGGAGGCCGCAGCUCGUAACGCACGCGACAUGCACGUCAUGAAACGACAGCAGGCCAAACUUGUGCAGCAGAUUGGCGUAAAGGCGAAUAAGUUGCAAAAGCACUUCCGGGUGCAGGUUAACUUCUGAAUACGUUUUGUUGCUUGAUGUAAAUCCUAAUGAAAUCAUGUUAUAAAGUCUUGUAAAUUAACAA